ACCAAACAAGAAGCAUCUUUGUUAGCCGGAGCUAAAACCCUCUCGCCAACGUUUGUCUCAAUAGCACCAGAAAACGAUCUUCUGAAAAAUAAUCUCUUUUUUGGAUUCUUCGAAAUUAGCUUUUGGUUUUCACCUCUUGGAUUCGCUUUAAUGGCCGCGAGGGCUUCGUCGUCGUCCGCGAGAUGGGUCAAAGGCUUUUUGUUCAGAAGGGUAUCGUCGAGUCAUCUUGGAUCGGUUAGAAAUUGUUCUUCGACUGCAGGAUCUUCUUCUGCGCCUAAAGUCCCUCACUUUUCGAAGAAAGGAAGGAUAUUGACAGGAGCCACCAUUGGCCUUGUCAUUGCAGGGGGAGCCUACGUGAGUACUGCGGAUGAAGCAACAUUCUGCGGGUGGUUAUUCUCAGCAACAACACUCGUUAAUCCGUUCUUCGCCCUUCUGGAUGCUGAGUUUGCUCACAAGCUAGCAGUCUCAGCUGCUGCCCGGGGGUGGGUGCCCAGAGAAAAGAGACCUGACCCACCAAUCUUGGGACUUGAUGUUUGGGGAAGAAAGUUUUCUAACCCAAUAGGGCUUGCUGCUGGGUUUGACAAAAAUGCUGAGGCCAUUGAAGGCUUACUAGGACUUGGUUUUGGAUUUGUCGAGGUUGGUUCUGUUACUCCCGUUCCUCAAGAAGGCAAUCCGAAACCACGCAUCUUCAGAUUACGCCAAGAAGGUGCUAUUAUCAAUAGAUGUGGCUUUAACAGCGAAGGGAUUGUUGUUGUUGCAAAGCGUUUGGGUGCCCAACAUGGUAAAAGAAUGUUGGCAGAGACUUCUAGCACGUCAUCAUCUGUGGGGGAAGAAAUCAAACAGGGAGGCAAAUCUGGGCCUGGCAUUCUUGGGGUCAACCUUGGGAAGAACAAGACAAGUGAAGAUGCGGCUGCUGAUUAUGUCCAAGGAGUUCAUACCUUGUCCCAGUAUGCUGAUUACUUGGUUAUCAAUGUUUCAUCACCCAAUACUCCGGGGUUGCGUAUGCUUCAGGGGAGGAAACAGUUGAAGGACCUUGUAAAAAAGGUUCAAGCUGCCCGUGAUGAGAUGCAGUGGGGGGAGGAGGGUCCUCCUCCACUUCUUGUAAAGAUUGCUCCUGAUCUGUCUAGAGAAGACCUUGAGGAUAUUGCAGCGGUUGCUCUUGCUCUCCGCUUGGAUGGAUUGGUUAUAUCGAAUACAACAGUCUCGAGGCCAGAUCCUGUAAGCAAGAAUCCAGUGGCUGCAGAGACAGGUGGUUUAAGCGGCAAACCACUGUUUCCUCUCUCCACCAACAUCUUGAGAGAGAUGUAUAUUUUGACAAGAGGGAAGAUUCCAUUGAUAGGCUGUGGCGGUGUUAGCAGUGGUGAGGAUGCCUAUAAGAAAAUAAGAGCUGGAGCUACUCUUGUUCAGCUAUACACGGGAUUUGCUUAUGGAGGACCCGCACUAAUCCCACGAAUAAAGGCGGAACUUGCGGAGUGCUUAGAAAGGGAUGGCUUCAAGUCUAUCCAGGAAGCAGUUGGUGCAGAUCACAGAUGAUGAAAAAGAGCCCCUUUGCUUCCAAGUGAUCAACAAUGUUGUGGUUAUUUCUCUCAUUCAUUCAGUUCUUUCUUUCCCUCGCGACUCUGGCUUUUUGCCAUUUUAUUCUUCCUGCAUUUUCCCCAUAAAGCCACCGAGAGAUGAGAAUUCAAAGUUUUUGCUUAAUGUAUAAUUCCUUGGGCUGUCUUUUCUUUUCAUUGCCAGAAAGUUUUAUUGGUAAGUAAAUGGAUAACUGUUGUUACC